AUGGGAAGAAAUUCUGUUCUGGACCAAUCAUCAACCAGUCACAAGUCGGUCGUUUUCUCAUCCCAUUUCCUUCGCCCUUCUCAGGUGGAAACAGAACGUAUGCAUCGAUGGGAGCAAAAAAAGAGAAAAGUUGAGAUAUCAGAAAAGAUCGUCUUGGGAGGCGACAUGUUACCGCUUUGGAGGCGGUUGAGGCUUUGGUACGCCAGUUGUGUCAUAAGCACCUCGUCCCAUGCAUCCACCCAGCAGAUAUAUAUAAAUGCCAAAGAAGAUUAUGAAUAUCUACUCUCAUGCAUGUCCAGGGAUGCUCGCAGCCUCACAAGGAUCGGAUCCUGUCAUACCUCGGCCGGAGCACAAGGAAAAGAAACCCGCAUGCAGACCUGCGGCACUCGCCGGAAAUUGGAGCUGAAUAUGAUAUCCCCCUCGAAAGGAAGACGAAUAACCGUCAAAUCUCGUUGCUACUCUGGCUGCAGAGUAGCUUUGGUUCGUGUUAAUUAUAUCCUGGAUAAAAUGUUUCCUCCCACGAAAAAGUCCAAGUCACCAAAGGAUUGA